GUUAUGAUUGCCAUGCCUAAAUACCUCCUAAUCAAGAGUUCGCGGGACUAAUGAUUUUCGCAGAUUGCGUGGUGCCAAAUUGCCAACUCAACAUUUCAUUGAAGAAAUUAACAACUCAACAGAGAGAGAAAGUGAAACACGGAGGCGAUGAGGAAGGCGAUGGCCGCCAUUCUUCUACCAUUACUAUGCCUAUGCAUAACUGUACAUUUUUCCAAUGCUGAAGAAGCUUUCGACAUUCGGCAACAUCUCUCAACUGUAUCAAGCUAUGGUGUUGCGAGAGACAUUUCUGAGAAUUUGUUUGUACCUUCUACAAUUCCAGAUCAGUGUACACCUAUCCAUUUAAAUCUUCUGGCAAGGCAUGGAACUCGUGCUCCUACCAAGAAGAAAAUGAGAGUAUUAAACAAUUUGGCCUCUCACCUGGAAUUACUUCUACAAGAUGCAAAAGAACAGAAGUUGUCUUUGCAGAAAGUUCCUGCCUGGUUAUGGGGAUGGGAAUCUCCUUGGAAAGGGAAGCUCGAGGGUGGAGAAUUGAUUAGCAAAGGAGAAGAUGAACUAUAUCAUCUUGGGAUUAGAGUUAGAGAAAGAUUUCCAGAACUGUUUAAUGAGGAUUACUCCCCAGAUAUAUAUGCAAUAAAAGCAACACAGAUACCUCGGGCAUCAGCCAGUGCUGUUGCAUUUGGCAUGGGGUUAUUUAGUGGCAGAGGAAAUCUUGGACCAGGGCGUCAUCGAGCUUUUGCAGUUACCAGUGAAAGUCGUGCAAGUGAUACAAUUCUGAGAUUUCAUGAUUGUUGUCAAAACUACAAGAAUUUUAGGAAAAGUCAGGAGCCUGCUGUUAAUACGCUGAAGGAACCUAUAUUGGACGAAAUUACUUACUCACUAGCGAGGCGAUACGAGCUGAACUUCACAAGAGAUGAUACUUCAUCUCUGUGGUUUCUGUGCAAACAGGAAGCAUCCUUGUUGGACAUAACUGAUCAGGCUUGUGCUCUUUUUAGUCCUUCUGAGGUGACUUUGCUAGAGUGGACGGAUGAUUUGGAGUCAUUCAUACUGAAGGGUUAUGGUAAUUCAUUAAACUACCGAAUGGGAAUGCCAUUGCUUGAAAACGUCGUGCAGUCAAUGGAGGAAGCUAUUAAAGCUAAAGAAGAAGCACAUGCUCCUGGCACUUAUGAAAAGGCAAGACUGCGGUUUGCCCAUGCGGAGACUCUGCUUCCAUUCUCAUGUCUGCUUGGACUCUUUCUUGAAGGAUCUGAGUUUGAACACAUACGAAGAGAACAACCCUUGCAACUCCCUCCAAAGCCUCCUCAGAGAAGAAAUUGGCGGGGCAGCAAAGUUGCACCUUUUGCUGGGAAUAACAUGCUGAUUCUCUACAGCUGUCAAGCUAACACUUCAAGCAAAUACUUUGUGCAUGUACUACACAAUGAACAUCCCAUUCCUAUGCCGGGUUGUGAUAAUUCCGAUUUCUGUCCAUUUGAAGUUUUCAAGGAAAGAAUAGUUGCGCCUCAUUUAAAGCACAACUACAAUAAACUCUGUAAUGUAAAGUUGGAAGAAGCAGAGUACAAGCCUAUAACCAGUAAGUUACUACAAAGUUCUCAUUCGGCGCUGAGGAAUGAUGAUGAUACACGAUCUCAAAAUGUUGACCUAUAGUUCGUUUAUCAAAGAAACCAAAGAGUAAUUCUUACAUUCCUCUUUCUUAUUAGCUUUAUUUUCAGCAACAGUCUAGAACGCACAUCCAAAAGGAUUGCAAUUUCUAUCUCUAUGGAAUAAGCUGUCACGACUGGUCACUCUCGAUCUGAUUUAGAAGUGCCAAAUAUAGAUUGACUGAAACUGAAUAAAUCAUUCCAUUACUUGUUAUUUAGAAGUGCUAAACUAUAGAUUGACUGAAACGGGAUGGAUCAUUCAAUUACUUGUUCUUGUACGCUUUGUUGGAUCUAGUUGUUGUAAAUGUUAUAUCCGGCCAUUGGAUGUUAUUUUUAUUGCUCGUAAACUGCCCCAUUUGGUUCUCUUU